AUGGCCGAUCUGGCGGCCGUUAGUCCUGCUGUUUCUAUGGCCCUUACGGCUGUGGGCCUGGCGAGUUUAUCUAAUAUUCGAAAAUCCGCCGGAUUGAUGGCGAUUGCCAGUAAAGAGUAUACAGAGGCUCUAAGCCUCACUGGUACGGCAUUAGGCGAUCCAACAAGUGAUGCUACCCUUGCGGCGGUGUUGCUUCUUAUCAGACACUCCCUCGACUCGUGGCUUCGUCAUACUCGGGGAGCCAUGACUUUGGUUGAGAUGCGGGGAGCCGAGCAGAUCCAAAGCACCGUUGGAAUGCGCUUAUUUACCCAUUUGCGCGUACAAAUCAUCGCUAGCUGCCUCCACUGGCAUACUCCCGUACCACCCUCAUUGGUUCAAUGGUCCUCGCAGGCCAUGUCCCUGCGAUCGGUCAGCGACGCCAAAGCUGACGAACUGGUAGACCUAAUUGCCCGCGUAAGCGAAGUAAUACUUUACGCGGAGACACAGGAUGAUAUUCAAACUAUUAAAGAGGCUUCAUGUGUCGACCAACUUCUAUUCCAGUGGCGGCAGAAUCUCCCACCUCGCUGGGCCUAUCGCACAGCCCAACGACCACUAGCUCGACACCGUAACCAAGGCGACUCGGAAGGUCUCUUCUUCGACGAUACAUAUCAUAUCUAUCCGGACGCAUGGGCGUGCAAUAUUUGGAAUUUUUAUAGAACAGGCCGGAUCCUGCUCAACCGAUUGAUCCAAGUCCGCAUCCAAAAAAACAAGUAUUCGUCUUCACAUCCAACAACAGAGGUUCUCAGCAAUUUAGCCAUGGAGAUUGCACAAAGUGUACCCUAUGCUCUAAGACAAGUCGGCCCCGCACGAGCGGCAGGAGUGGACUUGACCUCCUCCGCUGACUUUCUUGGUGGCUUCAUCACGAUGUGGCCUCUGUACGUGGCGGCAGAUGUAAGUGCCCUGGGAUCGGCAUUACGAGAAUGGGCGAUUGAGCGCCUGGAAGUCAUUGGACACUGUAUGGGAAUUGGAAAAGCCCAGUUUAUGGCGCGAACAUUGCGAAGUGCACAACAAUUUGAGGCUCGAUUAACGGGCGGAGAAACCAAUUAG